AUGUCUACCGCGAUAUGUCUAUCAAGGCGACAACGCAGGAUUCUGCUUCAACGAUUGCUCACUUGUGCUCUGGCAGCCUUCAUCAUUUCAUUGGUCUUCUUUCCAUCUUCUGCAAGAUCGAUUCUGGACUCUUUAGCCAGUCGGCAAGAUGCUGAAGUAUACCGAAACACCGAGAUCGAUCAUCACAUCCCAGAUAUAUCGACGGAACCAGUCCACGAACGACCGCAUAAAGUCACGCCGAUCAGGAGUCGUCCAAGGAAAGCGUGGGCCGGCACCAAACGACACAGAGGACCCGUCGUGAAGGAGGACCAGCAGAUACUCAAGCCAGCUCCGGUCCACUCUGACGACGAUCUCGCUGAAAAGCUGCGGGAAUUGGAAGCGUUACUGCCCACUGAAGACUUCAUGGAAGAUCUUCUUUCACCUUUGCCGCAAGUCGGCGGCGCGGAACUCUUACAUGAUCUGGCUUCUCGCACGCGAGUCUACAAGGAAGCUUUCCAAGCCUGGGAGCAACUUCAUCUACACGAGACUGGAGAAACUGCGAUACAGUUGCAGGACGUGGUCCACCGCCUGAGCAUAUCCACCACUCUUUCCAAAGCCGUUAGGCUUGAGUCGAUCCGAAUCUAUGAUAGCUUUCGCCUUUACUUCAGUCAAAUUGCGUCAGUCUUGUUCCCGUGGACCAUGCCAUACUAUGGUGAUCAUAUCUCACUGCAUACAAGCUUCUACCACGGCGGCAAAGGCCUAGUGUUUACGGGUGGAGACAGGCAGGUUCGAUACAUCAGCACAUCCAUCAAGGCUAUUCGUGAGCUGGGCUGUAGUCUUCCGGUGGAGGUACUCUUCCUAGGAGACGAUGACAUGCGUGAAGAAAACAGAGACAAACUGGAAGAGCUUGAUGGAGUAACGACACGUAACGUAGGACAGAUGAUUGCGGAUAAGGGCUGGACAGUCAAAGGCUGGGCAGCCAAACCUUUCGCGAUACUAAUGUCGUCGUUCCGGGAGGUCAUAUUCAUUGACGCCGAUGCCCUUUUCCUCCAGAACCCUGAAAUACUGUUCCACAGCAGUGGUUACACCGAGACUGGGGCUUUGUUCUUCAAGGAUCGGAACCUACUGCCAGAGAACCGACGAGGUUGGCUCAAGUCGUUCCUUCCGAAACCAAUCUCACAUCAUGUCAAGAAGAACAGAAUGUGGACUGGAGAAAGUGGGCACAUGCAAGAUUCGGGUGUGGUCGUCGUCGACAAGUGGAAGCAUUUCGUAGCGCUUCUCCUGACGACCAGAUUGAAUGGGCCCGACAGAGAUGGUAACAAGAGUCAAGGAAAAAAGGGCGUCUACGAGAUGGUGUACGGCGACAAGGAGACGUUCUGGCUCAGCUGGGAACUUGCCGAUGACCUCGAUUACGCCUUCCAUGACAGUGUGGCUGGGACUAUGGGCAGCCUUGGGCCGCUCGAGCCGGAUCCCAAGAAGCAGACCAGCCCCUCUAAGUCUGACAAGAAGGCAACGAAGAAAGCUCCGAUCAAGCAACCAGCUGACGAUGACGACAAUGAAGACGACGAGGACGAUGGCGAUGAUGACGACAGAGGCAGCGAAGAGAGGGAAGAAUUGAAUGCGGUCUGCUCAGCACAGCUGCUCCAUUUUGACGAGGAGGGAGUGCCUCUGUGGUUCAAUGGCUGGCUUGCGAGAACGAAACAAGCCAGUAAGAAACUGGAGACCGAUGUAUCAUUCGAAGGCUACAUGAAGGAACCUCCAGAAGUGGGCAGACAUGACCCAGACAAAAAGGAUUGGCACAUUCGCAAAAGUAAUGUGGUAUGUCUUGUCGAUCAAGAGUUUGUACGCUUUGCGUACCAAGAGCAGAAGCGCCUGAAGAUGCUGGUGCGACUGGCUAUGGAGAACGAUUCAUGA